GGCGGUAUUUACACCAUACGCCGUUUGUUGUGUGUUUAGAUUGCUCCCAAACUGCGAACGAAAGUUAUCUAUUUAAAUAAACCUAAUUAUCGUGAACACACCGAAAAAGUUUCAAAUAUGGCAUCCUCAGCCCCUUCCACACCUGCUGGAGUUGCUGGAACCACUGUAGAAUACGGGCCAGAUUCUGGGGGUCGCCUCAAGGGUGUGACUGUUGUGAAGCCGGUAGUCGUUGGCAAUUCAGCCAAAUACUUUGGAAAGAAGAGGGAAGAGGACGGACACACCCAUCAGUGGACCGUGUAUAUUAAACCUUACCUUAACGAAGACUACUCCACUUUCAUCAAGAAAGUACACUUUAAACUGCACGAUAGCUAUGCAAAUCCCAAUCGUGUGAUCACCAAACCUCCGUACGAAGUCCAGGAGACGGGAUGGGGAGAGUUUGAGGUGGUCAUCAAGGUUUAUUUUAACGACCCUGUUGAACGCCCUGUUACAAUGUAUCACAUUUUAAAGUUAUUUCAAAGCGCUGGGCCUGGGGCGGAACCUGGUGCUCCUCCACAAGUCAAGAAACAUUUGGUUUCAGAAUUUUAUGACGAAAUUGUAUUCCAAGAACCAACAGCACUUAUGAAAUCUUUACUAGACUGUAUUACACCUUCUUCCAGUACCGUUUUGAGACAUGAACAUGACUUUGAAGAAAAGAAACGAUCCACCUCAGUGUCUUUGGAAGAAUCAAGAAAGAAAGUGAAGGAUGAAAUCAGUGAUCUUAAGGAUAAAUUAAAUUUAGCACGUGAAACUAUUGACCAAUUUAAAACUGCUUUGGCAAAUGCUAACAAACAACCUGGUCCUGGAACUCCAACGAGCCGUCCAAAAAAGAGUGGAAGCAUGUCUUCUGAACCUGUUGCUGGGACAAGUAAAUCUGUCACUAUCAAACUAGAAGAUUUCGGUGACAGUAUGUUGGCUGUAUGACAUCGGCGCAAAAAUUCAAAGUACCUCUAAUUCCGUUAAAACUUUUUAUAUCCUGUUCUUCACUGCGUAUCACAUUACAAUUCAAUUAGUCAAUUUGUCUUGAAUUUGCAAGAAUACUAUCGUUUUCACGUUAUUGUAUAAUAUUUAGUAAUCAUUUAUGAUUUAUGACAUUUAAAAUGUAUGACAUUUUCACUCGAACGAAAGCUUUUGAUAAUAACAUGAAUCUUCCGUACAUUGGUACA